CCCAGACCGGCGCUGCCACGUCCAAAUGUUUCAGCAAACAACACUGGUGCAAGUGUUUUACUCUGUUUUGACCAUUAAGGAGGGCAGGUAAGGAAGUAAGGAAAGGAAAGUAACAAUGCAAGGAGAAGUUUUUCGUAAGCGAGUCGUGGCUCAGUAACAGUCUGACCUCAUUUUAAUUGCAUUCCUUAUCUCACCUGAAGAUAAUGGCGCUUAUAGGACAAUGACGAGUCCGCAAUCUGACUACAUUUCUUGAAAAGGGUGCAGUAGGCUACUACUUUCUGGACAAAGGGGACAUACUGAUUCUGUGGGAGGUUUUUCGGACUUUAAUGGAAACUGCGGGUUGAAGGGAGUCGAUGGGAGUGGGGGCUCACUGGAGAGCAGCGGGCCGAUCCAAAAUCACAGCUCACCGGGCAGACAGGCGCUCAGGUUUGUCCCAGCAGCAGAAAUGUUAUGAACUUGUUCUCAAAAGCACCUGCUCCUCUGUGUGCGUGGUCACUGUCAGUUUCCUGCUCUUCCUGGGAGUCUGCCUGCUCUACUUACCGGACCCGUUCACACCGGAACCGUUUGUCUACGAGCAGAACCGCGAGGUGACGCUCCUGAUAUGGACUCAUCCGUUCGGUCGGUACCGCAAACUUCCGGACUGCUUUGCGCUCUAUCAGAUCGACGGGUGCUCGCUCACCGACGACGAGCGGGCGUACCCGCAGGCCGACGCUGUGAUCGUUCACCACCGAGACGUUGUCACCGGCAUCGCUGACCUGCCACUGGAACCGCGGCCACGUGCACAAAAGUGGAUAUGGAUGAACUAUGAGUCCCCCGCGCACACACGAAGACUGUGGGGCUUUGAGGGUGUUUAUAACCUCACAAUGACCUAUCGGACAGACUCAGAUAUUUUUCUGCCGUACGGGUAUUUGCUCCCCCGUGAACGAAGUGCCAAGGAUCUCCAGAACCGGUUUGCUCAACCGCUGCGCGCACCCUCGCGCUCACACAUCCUCCGGCCCCGCCUCCUGGCCUGGGUCAUCAGCAACUGGUCGGAGUCACACGCGCGCGUGACCUUCUACCACCAGCUCCGCCGGUACAUCCAGGUGGAUGUGUUCGGGCGCGCGGGCCGGCCGUUGCCGGAGGACAGCGGCGGCAGCAGCGUGGUGCGGCUGGUCGGACGGUACCAGUUCUACCUGGCGCUGGAGAACUCUCAGCACACCGACUACAUCACGGAAAAGCUGUGGAACGCCGUGCGGGCCGGUGCCGUCCCGGUGGUGCUGGGUCCGUCCCGGCAGAACUAUGAGCGCUUCCUGCCCCCCGAGGCCUUCAUCCACGUGGACGACUUCCCCACCGUGCGAGUGCUGGCCCAGUACCUGCUGAUGCUGAGGCGCAACCCGGCCCGGCUGAGGCGGCACCUGGACUGGAGAGGGAGCUACAGCAUGCACCAGCCCGCCUUCUGGGCUGAACACUACUGUACGGCCUGCAGGGCGGUGAGGAGGACUAGAGGCAGGACAGAUGCUGUCAAAGACUUGACACGAUGGUUCCACUCGUGACAAUCCGCUCACGCGCGUGCUGAGAGACUCUCUGUGACAGUGGGACUCACUGCCCACCAGCAGUUUUUAAAGUUUACAACAUAAACCAGCAACUAUGAUUGUUUGGGAGACCUUUAAUUUAAUUUAAUUUAAUUUAUAUGACUUCAAUUCAGUUAUGUGGCAAUUAUGAAGGGGUUAUUAAUGAGGUUGUAAUGUUUGAGUGAUUUGGUUUGUGUGUUGUCCUGUUUCACAUCCACAGAGUAAAGUUAGUUGCAUAGUACUUUAUCUCAUCCUGGCUGAUUGUGGCCCAACAAUGGUUUGAACCAUACUGGUGUUUUUGCAUACUGUAUCCCAAUUACAAACUUUUCAUUUACUGUACACUCCAGUUAACUUUUAGAUUGUUUUGUGUA